AUGAUGAGGGCGCUGGGGUAUCCCCGGCUCAUAUCUAUGGAGAGUUUCCGCACCCCAAACUUCAUGCUGGUUUCAGAAGUGCUUCUUUGGCUGGUGAAAAGGUACGACCCUCAGGCUGAUAUUCCUCCUGAUGUGGAGACAGAACAGGACCGGGUUUUCUUCAUUAAGGCGGUGGCUGAGUUCAUGGCUACCAAGGCUCACAUAAAGCUCAACACCAAGCAUCUUUACCAGGCAGACGGCUACGCCGUGAAGGAGCUGCUGAAAGUCACCUCUGUGCUUUAUGAGGCUAUGAACACCAAGGGAGUGGAAUGUGUGGAUGUGAGCGAGGAAGACAGCAGCAAGUUCAAGUUUGAUCUUGGCUCAAAAAUUGCAGACUUGAAGGUAGCUAGACAGCUUGCUUCUGAAAUCACCUCCGAAGGAGCAAGACUGUAUGAUCUACUUGGCAAAGAAGUUGAAUUAAGGGAAGCAAGAACAGAAUCUAUUGCCAGACCGUUGGAGAUAAAUGAGGCUGAGAAGGCGAUGAAAACUGCCAUUGACUGUGUUCUGGAAGAAGUCCAAAAGACUGAAGACAUGUUGAAUAAUGUGGCUUUGGAUGAAGCUAGUUUGGACGCCAAGAUUGAAAAGCGAAAAUUGGAACUAGAAAGAACCCAGAAGAGGCUACAAACUCUACAAAGUGUUCGUCCGGCUUUUAUGGACGAGUACGAGAAGAUCGAGGAGCAACUACAGAAACAAUACAGUAGUUAUGUAGAAAAAUUCCAUAAUCUGACCUACCUGGAGCAGCUCCUGGAUGAUCAUCGACGGGCAGAGCAAAAGAUGUUUGAGGAAGCAGCAAACAUGCUACGUCUUACGCAGAACAGGCUGAAGGAAGAGGAACAGCAUCUGCUUAAGACUGGGAAUAAUGAUGAUUCUGACUUAGAGAUUCAAGAGGAUGAAGGAUCUGAUGGCAAAGUGGAAGGCAGACCCGUUAUGAAGCAGCGCAACGCCACGGAAACACUACUGCAAGGAAGAGCUGGCACACGGAUCGUGGGAGCAAUGCAAGGUGGAGGUACAGAGGAGGAUGAAGACUCGGGGGAUUGUGAGAUUGACCUGGAUGAAGAUGACGAGGAGGAGGAUGAUAUGGAAGAUGACAGUCACCGAGCAAGGAAGCCAGAGCCACCAGAGGAAAGCGAUAAUGACUUCUGA